CCUGCGAGCCUGAGGCCGGUCCAGACAGCAGCCGGGACCCUGAGAGGUCAGUUACUAGUCUAGUACCCCAGUCAGGGUUGGUGCUCGGCUGGUAUUUCCCCUGCCUGACGGGUUUGGUAUGGUGUCGCGAGCUGCCAGAAAACCAAUUUAAUCUGCUAGUUUUAUUUCUUGUGGGUCUGACGAUUUGCGUUAUUGGCCCAACACACGGGGAUCGCUAACCUUAAAGGUGUUUGUGUCCAGUUACAGGUCCUGCAUUGCUCCCACUUCUGCAGUUCAUGCAAUAACAGAUCAAAACUGUAGCAAAUAGAGCAGCUGUCUGCCCACCAACACUCCUCCCAUGUUUGGGUUGUGCAAGGGCAAAGUCUUUGGAAUAUCACUUCAUUCGUUACCUCAAUCAGUUGUACCAGAGUAUGGAAGUAUUCCAAGCUUUCUUGUUGAUGCUUGCAAAUGUUUAGAAGAGCAUGUUAACACUGAAGGACUCUUCAGGAAAUCUGGAUCUUUUGUUCGUUUAAAAACAUUAAAGAGUCAACUGGAUCAAGGUGAAAACUGCCUACCUACAGCAUUGCCAUGUGAUGUUGCCGGGCUUCUUAAACUGUUCUUUAGAGAGUUACCAGAGCCAAUCCUUCCAACUCAUCUGCAGGAAGCUCUUUUCAAGGCUCAGCAGCUAGAAAAUGAGGAUAAGAACACUGCCACAGUGCUGCUUUCCUGUCUUGUGGCUGACGGAACAAUAGAUGCUUUGCGAUACUUUUUCAACUUUCUCAGAAAUGUGUCCCUAAGAUCCAGUGAGAACAAAAUGGAUAGCAGUAAUCUGGCAGUGAUUUUUGCUCCAAAUCUCUUGCACUCAAGUGAUAAUGAAAAGAUGUCCGUGAACACUGAAAAAAAGCUUCGUUUGCAGGCUGCUGUUGUGCAAACACUUAUUGAUCGUGCAGUAGAUGUUGGACGUGUACCAGAAUUUAUCAUGAGAAAAAUACCUGCUAUGUUGGGUAUUGAUGCUUUUGAUGCUACUCCUUCACUGAAAGGAUACGAAGAAAGUGAAUCUCCUAGUCAGUGUAAGAGAAGGAGAAGACGAAGUGUUGGGGAUAUUGUUAGUGGAGCAUUGAAUAAACUUAAAUCUAACAGAACACCCUCCACUACACCUCAGCAAGACAGAAAUGUGACUCCAGUGAUUCUUACUCCAAGCACCAAGCGUAAACUUCCAACUGAUUCUUCUCAAGGCUUCUCUAGCAAGAAAAGGCGGUCCCUGAGGCAUAAUUUUGCUUUUGAGUUGCUCUCAAAUAGCCUUUUUAGUAGCGGCUCAACACCAGCAUCAGCUCAGUUUGAAGCAAGCCCUUGUGUGUCUCUCGAGUCAUCUCAGAGUUCACUGUCUCCCUCUGUCAGCAAUGAAAAGCAUCUGUCUAGUACAGGGAAUCGAAGAAGUAAAAGAAUUGCAAGCAAAAAAGUUUAUAGGGUUGACUCGGGAAAAACUGGUUGCUUCUCUCCAAAGAUUAGCCGAAAAGAAAUGGUUCGCAGGUCAUUACGUCUGAAAUUUAGCUUGGGAAAAAGCAACAAAGAUGUAACUAUUUUAACUGGAUGUCCAGUUGGUAAAGGAUCUGAAAACAUUGGCCGGCGACUUGCAAGUCAGCAAGACUUGGAAAACAGAGUUGAAUCUGUAAAGACAGAUACACUUUUCAGUACAUGUGUCAAUGAAAAAUUCUCAAAGAAAGGUACACAAAUGAUUAGCAAGUCAGAGGAGAACUUGCUUACUCCAAAACAUGAUAAAGCAAGUUAUCGAAUGUCUUGGAAUGGAUCCAGUAUUACAGAUUCACAUAGCACCAGCAAUGAGACCAGUCUGAUGGGAUAUCUUGAACAAGAAGGCCAUUCUUCAGAACCUGUCCUUGUAGUUGGAAAACCACCUGUCAUUCCAGAUGACUUGAGGUCCACUGCUGCAAAUUAUAAGCAAGAUAAUAGUCCAGGGGAAUACUCACCCUUUGUGGAUGAGAAAAACGUGACUACACAAACAUUACUGAAAAUUAAAAAAGCAUUUUCGGAAUCUGGAAGUAAUCUUCCAAAUUUAAUAGGUGAUGCAAAGUCUUUAGCAGAUUUAACAGAAGAAAAGUUAACCGAAACUCCCUGUCUCACAGCGUUUAGUCCAGAGAAGGACAUUUUUGAAACUUCAGCUGACAGUUUGACAGUAGAAAAAUCCAAGGAUCAGUGUAAUCAGUCUGCAAGUAAAUCUUAUGCUACUGACAAAAAUCAGCCAAGUAAAGAUGAAAUCAAGUUUGUGGAGGAAAAUUGCUUCCUAAAUCCUAUUGAGAUUGAGCAUCAGACCCAAAAAUUGGGCAUGGAAGUUGCAUCAGAACUUAAUAUGCCUCAGGAAAUGUCCAGGGAGGGCAAGGUGACUUUUCAGCACAAUUAUACAAAUUAUAAUUUAAAAGCAAUAGAUUCCCUCAGAAGAAAAGAGGGUGAGGAACUGGAACAAUCAGGAGUUGCUAAAGAAUAUGAGCUGAAGUCCCAUAAUUCAGAAAAAGGUAAUACUGGACCUGCUACUUCAGGGGAGCUCCCUGCCUUACGGUUGCUGGAGUCUAGAAAGAGAAUUGACAAACACUAUUUGCAGGCUGGAGAUUGUAAUAAUGCUAUAGCUAAAACUUUACCAGUUUCUGACCAUGGAAAAGUGUCUGACCAUGUACAUUGGUUCAACAAACUUUCAUUAAACGAUCCGUGUUCCGCUAGCAAAACUAAACCACCUCUUAAGUUUCAACGUACUCCUGUCCGCCAGUCUGUAAGAAGGAUAAACUCCCUUUUAGAGACUAACAGACAAUCUAUGAGCUAUAAACUGGCAAAACCUGGUGACUUUUGUUCUCCUCUUGUUAAAUCAGUAAGUUAUGAUACUGCACUAUCCUCCUGUACAGAAAAGUUCUGCCAAAAUUCCACAGUUUCAUUGCUCUAUUGUGAAACUACACACAUACAAGUUUCUACAUCAUCUGAAUUAGAAUUAACAUCAAAAUCUUCAAAAUUGAUAAAUCCACUAGAACAGGCUGAUUCUUCUAUGAAAACGGUUAGACUCUGCAAGCAGGCAGUGACUACUGGUAACCCAUCCAAGUCUGUCCUAGAAGAUCUAACUAAUCAUGAAGCACCAAAAGCUGCUGUAAAAAUGAACUCCUCUAUCAACAUUCCAAUUGCUACACCAGAUAAAAGUACCCUCAAGAAAAGUGUUACAGGAAAAGAAAAGGCUCGAUACAGAGGAUCUCCAAAGAAUCCAAUAUCAAAAGCAAAACUCCUCCCAACUGCUAAACCUGUAGAUUUAUAAGUAUUAAUUUGACUGACUAAAUUAUCUAGAACUACCUUUAACAUUUUUGGGUACAUUAAGUCUGAAUAUGAUUCUUAAUUUUGUUUUUUUGUAAAAUAGAAAUUUCUCCUCUUUUUUUAACUUGUACCAGUAAAUUUUAUUCUUUGUAUGAUAUUGAGUAUUUUUCUGUUUACUGUGACUUCUUAUGAUUAUUAGUUUGCUGCUCAUUUUAAUUUUGACUAGAUUUUUAAAAACUAGAAAAAUCUAGUAAAAUUUAGAAGUUAUAAUUGAUUGUGAGUUUUUCUCAGUUAUUUUUAGAAAUAAGUGCCUGACGAGACUUAUCUGGUUUUAAACUUCAGUAUCAAUGUAGACUUUACUGUAUUGCUCCAGUUUCUGUGUGGCCUUGUAUAUAAGCCAGGGCACCUUUAACUCCCCCCCCAUUAGGUGCAUUUUUGGUCUAUGCAGCUAUGCUCCUGUCUAAUCAUGUGUGCACAGAAAUUGGAGAAAUGGUUUGAGCACAUGAAAAAUGAAUAUGCAGUUAGAUACUGAUGUAUUAAAAAUCUUAGUACAGUACACUUGGCAGCAAGCACGCCCAUAGCAGCCCAAGAAGGGAAGUUUGGCUGGGCCAUGUGAGCCUGGGCGGCGGUGGGGCUGCAGCAGCCCAGGUGGUGGCAGUGGCAGCAUGAUUGGGGCUGCUUAUCCCCUGGCAACGGGGUUGGGGCUAUGGCCACAGCAGCCUGAGAGGGGAAGCCAGCCACAGCAGCAUGGCCAUGUGCCACCCAACAGUGGGGUUGGGGCUGCGGCAGCCUGAUGGGGCAAUGUGCUGUUUGGCAGUGGAGCUGGAGCUGCCCGGCUGGCUGACAGCAAAUUCCAGGCUGUGUCUGGCCCGCAAGCAGCCCAGAUGGGCUGAAGGAACGGGCAGCGGGAAGGGGCAGCAGUCUGAGGGGCUGGUGUCAGGCAAAUUCCCUCAUCCAGAACCAGUCAGGUCAUGAGGAUGCUGGACAAGAGAGGUCCAGCCUGUGUAUUGCUAUUUUUUUCUAGAGCAAUGUAAUGUAGCUAAUCAUAUGAUCCAAAAUUAAAGUACACUGUCAUGGAAAUAAUGGAAGAUAAUGUUAAAAGCCAUACUGUUAAGUUCAUUUGCACAAACAGAUGUUUGUAUCUGUCUUAGCAUUAAAACUGUUUACAUCUAUGUUAUAUUCAUUGUAAAAUUAUUUAAGAGUAAAAACUUAAAGCUUUUCAAUUGCUGGUUUCUGUAUGAGUAGCUUGUUGGCAGAAUUUAAGAGCUUUUGGUAUGUAUUUAGUUUUGUCAAGCUUUUAUUUUUGGGUACCUUGUUUGUGAAUGUUCUUUUGACAGCACUGAUCCAUAUGCUAUACAGAAAAAAUUACUAAGGACAUUUGAGACAUUGUCAUAGCGUGUGUGUG